UUAAUUGGUCACACUAAGGGAAGCCAUGCCACACGCACGACGGGUUGAUUUGUGGGAGUUGUUAGAAAGUUCAGUUUCGAUUUCUGCAAAGUGAACUGUGGGAGAAAGUGAAACUGAUGCGCUGCCGGCUAGCAUGGAGAGCUUGUCAAACAUGUACCGUCGCGCACGACGCAAGGUUUCCUCCUUUUUCGACCUACUUAGGUUGUUAUUUCGAGUUCUGUGGUCCUGGAUUUUGUGGAUACCGGGUAUUGGGUCCCUCUGUAGACGAGCUCAAUUUUGGUGCGACCAAAACUUCGCCUGGUUGCCGUGGCGAGGCAAUGAGAGCAACCAGUUGGAGAACAGGUAUUCUUCGGAUGAGGAUGAGGGGAGAAGGACGGGUUCCUACAGUAGGGCUCCUCACUGUAAGGUCCCCGAAACGUUGAACAAUCCUGUAGAGGUUAAGGUAGAGGAUGAGUUCACCGGAAAUGAAUAUCGAGUCGACGAAACGGAUGAUUACUACUGCGAAUAUGAUUCAACUUGGGAACAUGAACAUGAGAAUGAGGCCUCCCCUAGAAGGAAGAUCCACCAGACUAGAAGGAACAGAACUGACAAGUUUAGCAGGUUUAAAAGUGCUGCAAAAGACAUGCAGAACUACAGGCAUGACUACCCAAACCGUCACAGGACACGAGGCUUUGAGGACGACAAUGAUGGAAAGCCCAAUCUGAGCUUCUACCUCGGGGAAAUACCAUCUUUACCAGACGGAGUCUACAUUAAACAGUUCCACGAUGAAUGGAAAGGACAGUAUGCCCAACUGGAGUAUACGCACAGCUAUAUUCAGUGGCUGUUUCCUCUGCAGGAACCCGGGGUAAACUAUGAAGCAAAAACACUAACAAAGCAGGAAAUUCAGGAUUUUCUUGGUAGUACAACCGCAAGGGAGAAUCUACUGAAGUCUUACGAGCUCAUGUUGGAUUUUUAUGGCAUUAAGUUACAAAAUAAGAAAACAGGAGAGGUAGCGAGAGCAGACAACUGGAUUGACAGGUUCCAGAAUCUAAACAAUCACACACACAACAACUUGCGCAUCACCCGCAUCCUGAAGUGCCUGGGGACUCUUGGGUACCGUCACUACCAAGUCCCUCUGGUUCGGUUCUUCCUGGAAGAGACUCUGGUCAACAGUGAACUUCCGAGGGUCAAAGACAGCGCCCUGAGCUACUUCCUGUUUGCUGUUCUCGAUAAGCAAGAACGCAGGAAGCUUCUCAAGUUUGCCUACGAUCACUACCGCGACCCAGAACCGUUUGUGUGGUGCCCUAAGAAAAUCCAGGACAUGUGGUCAACAGCUCGGCCGCCACAGGACCAACUUGAUUUAGAUGGAAAUGGCUGUACUUCAGGGCAGUACAACUGAUUAUGUCAAUAAACAUGUCGGCAUUAAGAAUAAAAGGUUAAUGCACAGACUGUUUAAACACUUGUUUAAAAGCUUUAUUUCUGUGAUGUAUUGGAGUUCAGUCUAUCAAUCUCCACUUUAAAGUGAAGAUUGAGUUGAAGGCAGUUUUUGUUGAUGUCUAACACCUAUUACUCAUGUUUGCAGUUUUUCCAGUUGUUUACCUAAUCUUACUGUUCUUAUGCACUGAAUGUGUGUGUUUUGCACUACGUGGCUUCAAUAACUCAGACAAAUAAAGCACUUUACAGUAGUUAAGAAAAAAGGUGGGCAUAAACUGGAUUUUUUUAUUUUUUCAUAUCUAUUGUUUCUUGGUUUGAUUUUCAGAAUUGAAAUGUCUACAGUUCUUGAAUCGUAAUUCACGCCUUUUCUUCAUUAAAAGAAUAAAGCUGCACUCCAUAACCUGAGUCAUUUGAGUUGAAAUACAGGACUGUAGUGAAAAAAUGUGUAGUGUCUCUGCAUGUUUUUCUUUGCUUUA